AUGACGACCGAAAUGAUUGGAGGCCAGAGUGACGAUGUUCACCUGCCUCCCACCGACGUGCGUUCCGCCCCCAUGAACGAUUACGUCUUCCCCGAGCUUCGCCUCAAGCGCACGAUGAACGAUCCCGAGAAAACCCCGCUGCUGCUGGUCGCUUGCGGCUCGUUCUCCCCGAUCACCUACCUUCACCUGCGCAUGUUUGAGAUGGCUGCAGACUACGUCAAGUUCAGCACCGAGUUCGAACUCCUUGGUGGCUACCUGUCGCCCGUGUCAGACGCCUAUCGCAAGGCCGGUUUGGCCAGCGCGGAUCAUCGGGUGGCGAUGUGCCAACUGGCGGUUGACCAAACCUCGAAUUGGUUGAUGGUGGAUACCUGGGAGCCCAUGCAAAAGGAGUACCAGCCGACCGCCGUCGUGCUGGACCAUUUCGACCACGAAAUCAACAUUGUCCGCGGGGGUGUCGAUGUCGGAAAUGGGACCCGCAAGCCCGUCCGCAUCGCUCUGCUGGCCGGCGCUGAUCUGAUUCAUACCAUGUCCACACCCGGCGUUUGGAGUGAGAAGGAUUUGGACCACAUUCUUGGCAAAUACGGCUCUUUCAUCGUGGAGCGCAGCGGCACCGACAUUGACGAGGCCCUGGCCAGUUUGAUGCCCUGGAAGGACAACAUCCAUGUGAUCCAGCAACUCAUUCAGAACGACGUGAGCAGCACCAAGAUUCGACUCUUCCUACGCCGCGAGAUGAGUGUGCGCUACCUCAUCCCUGUGCCGGUCAUCCACUACAUUGAGCAACAUCAUCUCUACGAGGAUGACGGCACCACGAAUGAGAAGGGCAAGGAGCGUCAACAGGACGGCAAGUCGGGGUGA